AUGCAGAACAUUGAUCCGCUGGAGUUCGCCAACAUCCUGGCUACCGAGCUGUGGUGCCAGCAGUUGGCGAAUCUCGAGGGCCUCCAGUCGGGGGUCCCAACCCGCACGACGGCGACCAUCACGCCCACGCAGUUGCGCAACUUCGAGCAGACGUACAUCGAGUUGCACAACUGCCACAACGACCAGGCGAACCACGCGGGGUUCAUACCGCCCUCCGUCACGCAGCCCAACUACGGCAUCCUGAAUUCAGUGGGCUACUGUGACUCGGGUCCGACGACUCUCCAUGUGUCGCCGGGCCCGCUAUCAGCGAGCGGCGACAGCAGCAGCAGCCCUGGCCUCCCAGCGCCCAAGAGACGCAAUAUGGGCGGUCGUAGACCGACCAAAGCCCCACAGGACAUCUCGCCAGAAGAAGAAGAGCGCAGAAAGGUUCGACGUGAACGUAACAAAAUGGCGGCCGCUCGCUGCCGGAAACGAAGGCUCGACCACACCAACGAGCUCCAAGAGGAGACAGAUAGACUGGAGGAGAAGAAGCAGGCGUUGCACGACGAAAUCAGGAAACUCAAUUCGGACAGGGAUCAGUUGCAAGCGAUACUCAACAACCACAUGCCGCUCUGCCGGCUAAACAAGAGAUCCUCUAGUCCGCCCGACGUCAAACCUUUCCAAGACCCUUACCUCCUCCCGGAGAUGACUGAGGAUGGAGUGAGGGUGAAAGUGGAAGUCAUGGAUCCAGCGAUCGACCCCGUCCCCGUUCUCGGUUUAGAUAAUGAUAUCUUUACCACGCCGACACCGGACAAAAGGAUAAUGUUGUCGGCGGCAAACCUAGCGGUUGUGACGAGCGCGUCGGCCUCCGUGACGUCACUGGACACUCCACCUGUGCCCAAUCGACCUAACAGACCCAAUUUUCUUCAAGUACCACUUAGUGUCACACCAGCACAGAUACACAACAACAAAGCGUUAGGCAACAACAAAAUCGCCGGCAUAGAGAUUAGCACCCCCAGCAACGGAAUCCCGUUCAACUUCGACAGCCUAAUGGAGGGGGGCACAGGGUUGACCCCCGUGCACCCCCAGCCGCAUCCGUGUGCCCAGCAGCAGCGCUCCGCCCCAGACCUCGCCUCUCCAGACGCGCACAAUAGCCUCGUCAGUCUCUGA